UUCUUUUUCAAUCUUAGGGCUUUUUUCAAUUUUGGAUUUUGAUUCAAUUCCACCCACAAUUUCAUUGAUCCAGUUGAUUUCAACCAGAUCCCAGUAGUUAAUUUGAUUUCUAACUUAGGUUUCAGUUCAAUUUUGCAAUUUGGUGUAUGCCCGCCAAGUGUUUGAUGAAAUUACUCUGUGGUACUGUAGUUGGAAUUCUGUGAAAUUGGCUUUACUUUGGGGGUUUGUUUGCUUUUUAUGUUCAUGGGGUUUUUUAAAUUUAUCUAAUUUUAGGGUUUAUGAAGUCGGUUAUAUAUGUAUAUAUAGCUUAUACGUUAAGGUGAAGUGUUUUCUUGCAAAAAAGGCAUUGGCUUUGAUGCUGCAAUUGGGGUGUGAUGGACAUGAUGUGUUUAAAUGUAAAUAUUGGAGCUUGGUUUUGUGUAGAUGAUGCGUAACUUGAGUUUGCUAGUUGGAAUUGUGUAAAGUUUAGUGCUUUAGGUGUUACAUUAUUAGGAAGUCUUGUAAGGGGUUUAUUUAUUAUCGAGUGUUCUGUUUAAAGAUGAUGUUUUGGUGGAAUUUGAGAGAAUAGUAGUGCUUGGAAAAUUUGGGUAGUUAAAUGGCUCCGUCACCGGCAUUGAGAUGUUCUCCAGGGAGGGAACCAAGAGCCGAUAAUCAUAAAAGAGGUCGCAGUCUCGAAAGUGGGAUACCGUUGAAACAGAUAGACGAUGAUCUUGCUUUAUUCAAUGAGGUGCAAAGUAGAGAAAGAGAUAACUUUUUGCUUCAAGCCAACGAUGAUUUUGAAGACAUUUUCACAAAUAAUCUGCGGAACUUUUCUGAUUACAAGCUUGGGAUAAAUAUUCCUGCUCGAGGAGAAAGUAGUGAUCUUCUUCGUGCAGAAGAGGAUAAAAACGAUUAUGAAUGGUUAAUGACUCCUCCAGACACGCCUCUAUUUUCAUCAUUGGACGAUGAAGUGCCACAAGUUAAUCCUGCACAUAGGGGUAGACCUCGAACUCAACCUAUUUCAAUCUCCGGAUCAUCAACUAUGGAGAAGAGCCAUAGAAGCAGUAGAGCCAGUGCUAGCCCAAACCGCGUGAGCCUAUCUCCCCGAUCUCAUAAUAGCACGCUGGAAGGUAGAGGCCGAGCAUCUUCAGCACAUAGUGCUAGUCCACCUACUACAUUAAAACCUACCACCUCCUCCCUUAGAUCAUCUCCACCGUCCCGGAAACCCAUAUCACCACUUCCACGGGCCUCAACACCCACUCCACCACGGAGAUUGAGUACCGGUUCUAAUGGUACAAUGAGUUCACGGGGUAGCAGAGGAAAUUCACCCUCACCAAAAGUAAAGGCAUGGCAGUCCACUAUUCCGGGUUUUUCGACUGAGGUCCCACCGAAUCUCAGAACCUCUCUGGCUGAUCGACCCGCAUCGUAUGUUCGUGGCUCUUCACCAGCUUCAAGAAGUAGCAGACAAUCAAUGUCACCGACUGCUUCUAGAAGCAUCAGUUCAUCUCACAGUCACGAGAGAGAUAGAUUCAGUUCACAUAGUAAAGGUUCAGCUGGGUCAUCUGCUGAGGAUGAUAUGGAAUCUCUUUCUUCUGUUCUUAUUGGCAGCGCACAGCGGUCAAAUCCAAGAAAAGCUGGCGGCUUUCAGAAAAAUAAAGGCUCUGUUUCUAAAAAUCCGAGUAAAGUGGUUUCUUCUAGCUCAGCUCCUAAGAGAUCAUUUGACCUCGCACUUAGACAAAUGGAUCAUAAAAGAGGUCCUCAGAAUAUGUUUAGACCUCUCCUCUCUAGUGUCCCGAGUUCAACAUUUCAUGGUGUGAUAUCCAAUAGUUCUCCUCAUCCUGUAAUUUCUAUGAAUUCCUCGGUGACAACUAGUAGUAAUGCAAGUUCUGGGGCUGGGGUACCUGGUAUCCAUGAUCCUCAAGCAAGCCAGGACGAUGCAAUUAGCGGGUAUGUAGAGAUGCAAGAUCAUGAUGUAGAUGAUGAAGUGUUUGUGAUUGAGAAAGAUGACACUUUAGAUGAGUCAAGAAAUCUAGGGUAUCAUGAGCCUGCUAAAUCAACCACUUUUUUGGCAUAUGAUGAUGUCGCAAACAUCAAUGGUCAAAGGGAUUUGUUAAUUUGUUCUAAAUGUGGCCGCAAGUACUCUCCUGUUGAAUUAGAAAAUGACGCUAAGCUUUGUGCGGAUUGUAUAGAGUUGUACUCACCUUUUACUAUCGUAGACCCAAUAGCAGGUUCAGGGUCUGAAGUCGAGGCAACUACAAUAAUGGAGCCACAAAUGGCUACAGCCGAAGUCAAAGCACAAUCCAGUCAAUACGAUGAUGUAGUCAAGGACAAUCAAAGUACAUAUGGAGAACCAAAUUGUAACUUUUUGUCAGCAAGUUCUCUCUCUCGAUCUCGGUCAGCAGAAUGUGAGUCAAAGCAAGUCAGCGAUCACAUGGCUGACUUUUCAAAUUCAAAAAUUGGAUCUUUAGAAGGUGCAGGUAUUACAAUUCUGUUAAAAAGGUCAAAUAGCAUAAAGGGGGCAGUUGUGCGGAACACAAACUUUUCAGCAAGUAGCAUCUCGUACGAUGAUUUUUCAUACGUUAGAGACAGUACAAAUAGCUUGAGAAGUGUUUCUGUCUCAUCUUCUGUUGACCUUGGAGCCUACAAACAAGCCGAUACCCGUUUUCAACGUCAAAUGAGUAGCACAAAAUCUGAAAUUGAAAAUUACAAGUGUGACCAAAAUACAAAACAUCGUCGCAGUGGGUCAUCAUUGUCUGGAACGUCUAGCCAUGCUUUCCGUCCUUCAAGUCUGGGAACAAGCACACUUGAUUCAGGAGAUGUUCAAAUAAAUAAUGAAGAGAAUGGCACUUUUACCCUUGAAAUGGAUGAUGAGACUGACAUUCAACCAACCCCGAAUCAAACGCAUGUUGAUUCUGGGGAAUCUUUGUUAAUUAAUACUCCAAAAGGUGAAGGAUUUGAGAUAGCUGAAGACUCGGGACCUCAAGAUACUAGUGCUUUACAGACAUGUACAUUUGAGAAUGAUACAACUGAUGUAAUAGAAGUUCCACUGGAUGCAGUUUCAGGAGGUGAAUUAGAUCAAACAGGUCGAUCUUCUCCUGCUUUAGAAUGUGACAUGUCACCAAGUUCAACAAGCAGCAUAGAAGUUCUAAACGAAAAUGGGAUUGUUUCCACUGAGGACCAUGAUACUUCCAAUCAUGCAAGCAAUAGUGUUGAAUCAAUCGUUUUAGUUGGGCAUGAAAGAGGACUGAGGCGAAGAAGCUUGACACUAGAAGAAGCAACCGACACAAUACUCUUUUGCAGCUCAAUAGUUCACAAUAUGGUUCAUAAUGCUGCAACCAUAGCCAUCGAGAAGGAAAAACAAUUGGACCCAUCAGAUGAUACCGGUUCUUGGCCACUGAUUCCAGCCACCCGAAAAUCUGAUCUUGAUAAACUGGAGCUUCAAAGCACAGCUAAGCGUCCAUCAAAGUCCCAAAGAUCUAAGCAUAGAAAGGAGGUGGGAACGGAACCCACAGAAGCUCCUAACACCACUGAAACAGAAGGUAAAACGGAGCAACCAAAAACCCGUAUUGUUGGGAUUCGAGAUCCAAAUAAUGGAGAUAGCAAGAAACCUCCGAUGCUAGAAUCUAAAUGCAACUGCACAAUAAUGUAAGAUAAUUGUGGUCUUGAUCUUCCACUCUAUAGCGACUUUUACUCACCUCACCUCCAUGCUGAUUAAGCUAUAACUUACCAAGCAUUACUGGUAUACCGACUAGCUCCCCCUCCUGGAUCAAGGAUAACACCUAUAUAUGUCAUGCAUCAAACGUGGGGGGAAAGCGUGGGGUUCUACUAUAAUACGUUGGAAGUGUAAGCAUUGUAAAGGUUUGUAAUUGUAUUGUGGGUAGGUUGACUUAAGUAAUAUAGUUAGUAGUAUGAGUAGUAUUCUUGUAUGGGGGGUGGGGUGGGAAUUAGUGUUGAUCCUAGCUUAUUAUACAUACAUAAACAAGCCCGUGAUUCUUUUUUCUUGUGUUAUUGUUGUUGAUUUGUUAUUCAUCAUAUAUGUUUGUACAUCUGAAAUGUGGUUCCUUGCAGUGCUAGUGUUCUUAUUUUUUA